AUGGCAAGAAUCGUCAGCGUCGCUGCUCUGCUCACCAUUUUCGUGUUGGGUCUCGCUUUCAGAGGGGCUAGUGAGGGUCAGUGCAGUCGCACUCCAAAAGACAUCACGAUAACGCAAAAAGCAGAAGGGAUCGGUGAGGGCGGGAAGCCGAAGUGGAGUGUGACCAUCAGCAACCCAUGCCUGUGCACCGUCCUGGAGUUGACAGUGACCUGCAAUGGGUUCGACCCCGCGGCGCAGAAGAUUGACCCGUCCGUCCUCGCGAAGCAGGGGGACGUUUGUCUCGUCAACAAUGGGGAUCCGAUCCACGUGAACGAGUCUGUCAGCUUCACCUAUGAGAUGGAUGCUUCUUUCCCGUUUGCCGUCAGCGACGGCCAAAUCGGAUGUUCUUGA